AUGUCUACAAUCAACUUGACAGAAAUUAUAACUACCACUCUUCUUCCAACAACUGCUGCAGUGGAGCAUGAAGGAUGCAGCAACAAUUGGGAGGGACCACAACACGUAAUCUAUCAACUAGCUAAUGUCUGUUUCUUGAUAUCUAACCUGGCCCCGAACACAAUACAUGGUAUCUUAUUCCUACAUGGUGUACUAGUGGUGGGAUUUCUGUUGUUUAGUGUUUGGACUUUUGUCGUUAAAUGCGCCCCUGAUGCAUUGGGAUGGAAUUUUGCUUUCAUGAUCAUAAACGCCAUACAGGUGGUUCAUAUAUUGUACCGACUAAGGCCAGUUAAGUUCUCCAAGGAACUUGAGGACCUCUUUGUUCGUCUUUUCAAACCUCUACAAGUCCCUAGACGGGUCUUCAAAUCGCUGGUGCACAUGCAGAACGUUGAGGUUGUGGAUCUACCCACUGGACAUAGAUACGCCACGGAAGGCGACACGACAUGUGAUCGGCUUUCGAUUCUUCUUAACGGAAGAUUAGAAGUGAAGGCCAAGGGCGAUUUUCUACACGAAAUAAACCAUUACCAAUUCAUUGAUUCGGCGACGUGGGAAUCCUACAAACAGGGAACUAAUGAUAAAUACCAGGUCACGAUUACCGCGGUUGACGAUUGUCGUUACAUCAUGUGGCCUCGUAAAAAUCUGGAGCAACUAAUGCAAAAGGAUGACUAUCUCGCGGCGGUUCUGAUCACCAUGAUGGGCAAGGACAUUUGCCAGAAACUACACUCUCUGGACGAAAAGAUUAUGCAACCAGAAAAACCCGCUGGUACGAGAAUGGACGUGCGUUUGCCAAGUCUAUCCACGUUUGUAGCAACUCAUGAUGUUCGAAGUCUGAGCUCCUCAAGCAGCAUAGGUUUGCCGAGAUUACGGAGACUUCGAAGUUCUGACCCUGACGAUGACGACUCAGUUUUCAUUGAUAUGCCGUCUGGAACAAACUCUCCCCGGGCUGUAUUAUCACCACAAUCAUCGGAGCAGGCAGCCAUACCGGAAGAAGAAAAUGAAGGAUAGUUAUCCUUGACAUUGUUUUGUAUUACUAAGUAUUUUUGUAUUACUAAGUGCUAUCGUUGUUUCAAUUUUCAGUUAUGUUACAAUUUAGUUCAAUACAUGUUGUGUCGGUGUGAAACCACUAAAUGGUUGGCGUGCCUUAUCUGCAAGUCACUGUAGCAUAUCAGGUCAAUUUGUACUACAUUUAAUUGACGUCAUUGUUCUCUACGUGUGUCAUGUUCACGUUCAAAUCAUUAUCUCGUGACCUCGAAACUUCACCUGGUUUUUGUUUUUUAUAGUAUG